GAAAGUAAUAAAUCUUUCUUCAAAUUAUUCUUCUUUUAUGUUUUCUAACAUGAUUGGAUUGUUUAUCCUCAAUUCUCAAGCCCUUUCUAAGGACCCACGGAUAGGACAACUUCUUGAAACUGGUCGCAAGGUAGGGCGUUUGUUUGAGCUUAACUAUCUGCAUAUUCCUGAUAAUAAAAUGGAUACACCAUCAUUUCCAAAUGAUCAAUUCAUCCAAACCUUGCUUUGUGCUAUUGAAUUAGAGUCUUUGCAAAUUCCAUAUCAACAAAUCUUCCAAGCUUGUGCUGCUAUUAACAUUUCUCAUCUCCAUUUGUGGCACUCACGACUCGGACAUACCUCAGUCAAUAAACUUCAUCCACUUAUCUCUCGUGGUUUAUUAGGAUCAAUUUUGAAUGAAUCUGUGCAUUGUGUGUCAUGUCAAUCUGCAAAGCAACCAGCUUUAUCUUUUUCGAGUAGUCAUUCUCAUUCUACUACUCCUUUUGCUCUCGUGCAUUCUGAUGUUUGGGGUCCAUCUCCUACACCCACCAUGGGGGCUUCCAAUGAUUCUAAUGUAGGUACAUCUGAUGAGCUCUACAAUGCCUCACCACAUGCUCCAACUAGUUUUGUAGAAGAUGACCUGCCUGUUGGUAAUGCAUUAGAUAAUUUUGAGCCUUCUUCUACUUCCUUGUCUAUAUCACCUGUUGAUUCUACAAAUGAGUUUGUUGUCCCAUCCUCGAGUCAUCUUAUUCAGGUAAGAAACCCUCUCAACUACCUUCAUGAUUAUCAUUGUUUUCCUGCUAUUACUUCGUUACAUAAGCCUCAAUCCUAUCAAGAGGCCUCUUCUAACCCUCUUUGGCAACAAGCUAUGCAAGAUGAAUUACAAGCUCUUAAGAACACUCGUACAUGGGAUUUAGUUGAUCUCCCUGCUGAAAAAUCUCUAAUAGGUUGUAAAUGGGUGUACAAGAUUAAAACACGAUCUGAUGGUUCUCUGGAGCGUUAUAACGCACGCUUGGUUGCCAAGGGUUUUACAUAGGAGUAUGGAAUCAACUAUGAGAAGACAUUUGCUCCAGUUGCUCGUCUUACAUCUGUGCAUAGUUUGCUUGUUAUCGCUAUUAUACGGAGAUGGAAAUUGUUUCAAAUGAAUGUGAAAAAUGCUU